UUUAAUUCGAGAAGAAGAACAUAUUCUUUCCGAAAAUACAGCGACAUUUGGUUUGUAAUAUGGAAGUCAGCAGGAACUGCGCGCUUGCGUUUGCGCAGUACAGGGAGUCAGUGUGGAACACAUCUGCAAGUCUGUGUAUGGAGCCUUUUAGACAUGCGCGUAUGGCGUGGACGAUUUAGACAAACGUGUUGGAGGUUAGCCCUAAUAACCUAUUAAUGAUGUUGAGAAAUACCAUUAAAGGUCUACUUUCAUUUGUGAAUAGUGGUUCGUUAAAACGACCAAUGAGCACCAUUUCUCCACUUCAGUCUCACCGAAUAGUUUGGAUUGACAUGGAAAUGACUGGGCUGGAUAUUGAAAAGGAUCGUAUAAUGGAAAUUGCUUGUAUAGUCACCGAUGGCAAUUUAAAUGUUGUUGCUGAAGGACCAAAUGUAAUUUUAAAUGUACCAAAGGACAUUUUAGAAAAUAUGAAUGGCUGGUGCUUAAAGCAACAUAAUAAGACUGGUUUAACAGAAUCUUCGUUAAAUUCAAAAAUUACAGCAGAAAUUGCCGAAACAGAAUUAUUAAACUUUAUAUCAAAUCAUGUAGUGGAAAAAUGUAGUCCUCUGGCUGGUAAUUCUGUGUAUAUGGACCGUUUAUUCUUAAGGAAAUUCAUGCCGAGAGUGGAUAGUUAUUUGCAUUAUAGGAUAGUUGAUGUUUCCUCAAUUAAGGAACUAUGUCGAAUAUGGAAUAGAGAUGUUUAUAAAAAUGCACCUACAAAAACGUUGGAACAUAGGGCCUUACAAGAUAUCAGAGAGAGUAUACAAGAAUUACAAUUUUAUAGAAUGAAUUUUUUCAAUUUAUGAUUACCAAUGUUCGUAUGAAGGUAUGAUUACCUUUAUACGUAGGUACUUAAUAGAAAAUCAGUUAAAUUUAUUAAAAAAAUAUAGAAAUUAUUGUUUUUACAGUA